CGUUUAGAAGCUUCAUUCAUUCAUCACCAUCCCCACCGAUCACGUCGUGACAAUGCGGCCCUGCGCUGUUCUGUUAUUGGGUCAUUUCUUUAUUAGCAGCGUGCAGGCAAACUGUCUGGUGCAGUACGAACAGGCAGCAACGGGAGUGGGAGUGCCCAAGGCUACCUUCAACAGUACACCAUACUGUGCGUAUUAUGGUGUCAGAUACGGAGAGCCGCCGACCGGAAGCCUACGAUUUCGUCAUUCAAUAGUGCAUCAACCGAGUGGAUCUCUAAACUACACCACACCCGGGAGUGUCUGCGCCCAGUACAAUAAUCCAUUCACCCGGGACUAUGUCAUUGGUUGCGAAGACUGUCUAUUUGCAAACAUCUAUACGCCUCGUGUUAAAGAAAGCACGGAAGCAGCGGCAUAUCCUGUGCUAGUGUUUGUUCACGGUGGAAGUUACGCGGUUGGACAUGGUGAAAAAGACAUUAACGGGGCUGAUCUACUAAUAGAUAGUGGUGUUGUUGUGGUGACCUUUAACUACCGGCUCAAUGUUUUAGGAUUUCUGAAAACAAACAAAUUCAACAUCAGUGGCAACUUUGGGCUGAAAGAUCAAACCACACUGUUGCGGUGGGUGCAGCGGUACAUUGGCAACUUCGGCGGUGAUCCUGCGCAAGUUACACUGCUCGGUCAUAGUGCGGGAGCCGGCUCGGUAACGCACCAUCUAUACAUACCCCAGUCGAAAGAUCUCUUCCAUCGUAUGAUUGUACUGAGCGGAUCGCUGCUAGCGUCCUGGUCCUUUAUGUACAAUCCGCGACUCUGCACGGAGUCGUACCUGAGUGAUCUGCAACCUAAAACUGCGAUAGAGUUUCGUACCAGAGCUUUUGAGGAUUUUUUCAUCCAAAAUGGAACGACUGGAUUUGCGUUUGGGUUCGCUUCGAUGGGUACUCCUUGCCUCAUACCUGAGCUGGAGCAAGAAGAGAUCGAGCGGGAUAACUACACCGUGAAUGCACCUCAUAUAUCCGUGCUAAGCCCACCGAUUACAAAGGUUCCAAUACUGAUAAGUGAAACGGCACGUGAAUUUGUCGACCAAUUGAAGCAUUUAGAUGGGUUUCGCUUCUACCCAAAUAUUCCUCAAAAUUGGACCGCGCAAAAGGUUGGCGCAGUAAUUUCCUUCGUUCAUAAUUUUACAUCCCAGUUGGUGGCGGCAGGUCAUGUUAACUCCAGUGAGGAGGUGUUUCAACAGAUAGCAGAUGUAGCAAAUCUACGAUAUCCUAUGAGACGGUUGGCGCAGGAUUUAGCUCAAACACUGCACGGAACGAUGCCCGUGUACUAUCUUCGAUUUGAGUUUGAUGGACAGUUUGGGAAGGCAAAGUAUAAGGAGUAUAUUAGCUAUCUGCCUAAUUCGCAGUACGGUGCCAUACACGGGGAUGAUUUGGGGUACAUUUUUUCACCCUACAAUAUGGAGGAGGCCCUUGCGAAGGCGGACCAGUACCGGGAGGAAUGGAGAAUACAUCGCUGGACAGUGGAGUUGAUAGCCAACUUUAUCAAGCAUGGCAAUCCAACACCAACUCCCAGUAAGCUUUCGAACAUUACCUGGACACCCUGGAAUGGGAAUGACUCAGCUAACGCAUACUUGAACAUCGAUAAAACGUUGGAGAUGCGAGAGUUCAAGGAUGAUAGAAUCUUUCGCUUUUGGGCUGAAGUGUACAACUGUUUGUAUUAUAAAGUUUGAAACGGAGCCGAAAAUUGUCGAAACGAUCAUCGGCUUCAUGAAGGCGUCGGUGAAGCAGACCUGCCACCCCCAUUUUACCCCGCCUUAUCUUGGUGACCAAAAAUUAUUGCAAAACAUUUAAGCAACUUCUACCCUGCUUUUGGGGGAACACUUCAUCGGGCCGGAGGUCGGAGAAGAUCAGCUUAAUAUCUUUAUUAUCGCUAUCUGCCAUACCUGAGAUGGGGAAGAGUUCGAAUCGUUUGCGUUCACGGUAGUCUUCAUCGGCUGCAGCACCAGCUUGAAUGGACGGUUAUUCUUUCUCAUUCCUUCAUCUCCGGGGUUGGCAGCGUUUGUUUAAACAGGCAGUUUGUGCUUUGCCGAGUUCAGCGAGUCUGGCUGGCUUAUUUGAUCAGCCACCUUGCCUUCUACGGGGCUACGGUGACUUUGGUGAUGAAAUUAUGAAGUAAUAAUAAAAUUUAUGGUCGACAGCUCGUGGCAGAGCGUUGUCACUGAGUG